CCCCAAAAAUGGGGGAAAAUGUCUAUGCGUCAUAUGGAGUGGCUGCAGUUUCUGUUCAUCUCCUGUGCUGUGUCCGCAGUCUCUGGUCAUCUCCUGUGCUGUGUCCGCAGUCUCUGGUCAUCCCCUGUACUGUGUCCGCAGUCUCUGGUCAUCCCCUGUACUGUGUCCGCAGUCUCUGGUCAUCUCCUGUACUGUGUCAGUGUCUGGUCAUCUCCUGUGGUAUGUCCGCAGUGUCUGGUCAUCUCCUGUGGUAUGUCCGCAGUGUCUGUCAUCUCUGUGGUAUGUCCGCAGUGUCUGGUCAUCUCCUGUGGUAUGUCCGCAGUGUCUGGUCAUCUCCUGUGGUAUGUCCGCAGUGUCUGGUCAUCUCCUGUGGUAUGUCCGCAGUGUCCCUGGUCAUCUCCUGUUGGUAUGUCCGCAGUGUCUGGUCAUCUGUGGUAUGUCCGCAGUCUCUGGUCAUCCCCUGUACUGUGUCCGCAGUCUCUGGUCAUCUCCUGUGGUAUGUCCGCAGUGUCUGGUCAUCUCCUGUACUGUGUCCGCAGUCUCUGGUCAUCUCCUGUACUGUGUCCGCAGUCUCUGGUCAUCCCCUG